AUGCAACAAUAUCGAUUGCAUACUCCUGCUACUAUUGCCGCUUCCUUAUGCGGAAUAGCAUUUAUCGCAUUGAUUAUAAUAUUUCCGAUAAUCUUAAAUGAUAUAGCACAAAUGGAAGAGGAAUUAACAUUACAUCGUGAUCAUUAUCAAACUAUGUCUAAUACAAUUUGGAAUUAUUUAAUGCAACAAAAUCAACAAAUACGCAUAAGUCGUUCAGUACGACGAAAUAGAUCACAGUAUGAUAAUGGUGAAGAAAAUGAUGAUAGAAAAAGUGUAGAAGAAGGCAAAGGUGGAUACGGUGAAGAAGAAAGAAAUGGAAAAAAGAAUGGAUAUGAGAAUGGAGGUAAACCAGGUCGUGUGAUAAGUCAAAAUGGUUGUCCUCGGGGACCAGUUGGACCACCUGGUGAACCGGGUGAAAGAGGAGAGAAUGGUAUGGAUGGAUUACCUGGAAAAGAAGGUAUUGUAGGAGUAUAUGAAAGUUUGAAAAAAGGUCCAUGCUCACAAUGCCCACCGGGACGACCUGGUUUACCGGGCUAUAAGGGAAGAAGAGGACCUCGUGGACCACUUGGUGGAAAAGGAGAACCUGGAAAGCCUGGACGUAAUGGAGCGGAUGGUGAAGAAGGACCUGAAGGUGAUAUUGGUCAAGCUGGACCACAAGGUCCUCCUGGUGAAGAUGGUGAACCCGGACAAAGUGGUUAUCAAUGUAUUCAUGGGCCACCUGGCAAAAAAGGCGAUAUUGGACCAGUAGGACCAGAAGGAGAUCAAGGUCCACCUGGCGAACGAGGCGAUGAAGGCGCAAUAGGAUUGCCUGGAGAACCUGGACGUCCUGGACCAAAAGGAGUAGAAGGACCAAGGGGCAUUUCUGGACCAACUGGACUACCAGGAAUAACAGGUGGUGAUGCGGAAUACUGUCCUUGUCCUAUACGGGGUGAUAAAGGGCGUGGUGACGGAUAUGAUUUCAAACAACCAUCAUCGGGCGGUAAAGCUGAAGAAGAUGGCAAUGGACCGAUAGGUGUUCAUCCAAAGAUUGAAUUAGAAGGUUCAAAAAUUGAAUCAAAAGGAAAACCCGAUGAAGUGUCAAAAAUUGCUGAUAAACCACCAGCAACACGUCCACUAAAUGGUGAAGAAGGAGAGGCACUUGGAGACAGCUUUCCUGGUGCUAAAGGAAAAUUGGAUGAAACACAAACGAUACAACCGUAUCAGAAACUUGCAUUAGCGGCAAGUUUACGACGUCGACAUUAG